AUCGGAGGCACUAUCGCCCUCGCUACUUCGGCCACGGUCCUGAACCAGCUCGCCAAGGCUCCCCAGAUGGAGGCAUCGAGUGCUUAUCUCAAUACCGUGCCUGGCGCCACGGGUGGCGAUGUCGUUACCGACCUCAAGGACGAGCACAACCGCAUCGGUGUUGAAAAAAAGUCGACCGCGGACUUGAUGUUGUCGAUGAUGGUCUACAAGCUUUGUACGUUUGGGUUGCUGGUCGACCUGGCGCCGAAGCUGAUUUCUUUGGCAGAAAUGAUGCACUUGACCUCACCCGUUUACUGGGUCGUCCGCAAGACCUUCUUUGCCCAGUUCUGCGGUGGCGAGUCAGCUGACGACUGCCUCGGGACCAUGAAUGCCCUCAAGAGUGCCGGUAUCAAUUCGAUUUUGGAUCUCUCGAUCGAGGUCGAUUUGGACGAGUCCGAUUUGGCGAACCAGACCCCCAGUGAGAUUCGUGCCCGGUUCAACAAGAGCGCCGAUAACAUUGCUCAGCAGAUCAGCACAUGCAUCGAGACCGCUUCGACCUUGUCAAAGUCCUUUACCGCUAUCAAGAUAACCGCCAUGAGCUCACCGCUUCUGCUGAAGCAGGUCUCGUCCACAUUGCAGGCAGUCGAAUGUCGAUUCAAGAUCGUGGACAAGGAUAGGGAUGGCAAAGUAACCAAGGAGGAGUUUACGCAAUUGGUCAAGAUGCUUCCGAGCCCUAGCCUGAACAAGGGUCAGUCCUUGGACGUCGUCAUCGAGCAGCUGUUCAAGGAGGCGGACAAGGACCAAGAUGGCAUGGUCGAUUGGGUCGAUUUUGCCUCGACCGUCUCGUUGAACCGUGACGAGACCCGCGCGCUGUUUAUGGGCGAGGAAACAGUGGGUGCACAAGUACCCGGUUUGGUCAAGGAGGAUCUCGAGGACUACAAGCGCCUGUUGGUCCGCAUGGAGAGGCUGUGCGACCAGGCCAAGAAGACUCACACCCGGCUCAUGAUUGAUGCCGAGCAGUCAUACUUCCAGGCUGCGAUCGAUAAUGUAGCUUUGCACCUGAUGGAGAACUACAAUGACCAGCCCCAUGUAGAUGGACCCCUGGUCUUCAACACAUACCAGAUGUACCUCAAGGAUGCCCUGGGCCGUCUUCAGCAGGAUUAUACCCGUGCCCAGCGUAAUGGCUACGUUCUGGCAGCCAAGCUCGUCCGCGGUGCCUACAUGGUCAGCGAGCGCAGGAGGGCUCAGGAGUUGGGCUUGCAGGAUCCUAUUUGCGACGGUAUCCAGGCCACACAUACCUCCUACAACGCAGGAGUGGAUUUCAUGCUGGAGAAGAUGACCCAGCAGAAGCAAAAAUUGAUCCAGGACAGCAAGAACAAGACCUUGUCGCUGAAGAGCUCGCCCGUUGUCCUGUUUGUUGCUUCUCAUAACAAGGACUCGGUCAUCCGCACUUGUGAACGCAUGCAGGCGCUUGAGUUGACGCCGACUUCUGGACUGGUCAUAUUUGGUCAGCUCAUGGGCAUGUGCGACCAGAUCUCGUACACCCUAGGUCAGCAUGGAUACGGCAUUUACAAAUAUGUCCCUUACGGACCCAUUCACCAUGUUAUCCCGUACUUGAUCCGUCGUGCUCAGGAGAACGCCUCAGUCCUUGGAGGUGUUGCUAUUGAGCGUCGUCUGCUGUGGGAGGAGCUCAAGUCGCGCUACAUUGCGCAGAAGGAGCGUGCUCAGACCCAGGCAGUCCCUUCGGUCCCCACACCGAUCGUCCCCACUGGUCCUGCCACUACUUUGUAAAAAAAAAAGUUUUGCGCUCCCAAUCCUUUUCACUCUCUUUUCUCUUUUUGCAUUUUUUCUUCUCUUCGCUAAUUGCAUAGGAUAGAUCGAUUAUCUCGCACGAAAAACCAUUGUACAGUACAUUAAUGCAAAAUAAAAAAAUAAAAUUUGAUUUAGUUCUUUUCUG